AUGUGUCCUCUACUCCUCAAACUUAGAUCCAUAGACGACGAGAUUGCGCAAACGCAGGCUUUCUUGAAGGAUCUUGCGGCGCAUCGUGCCACAUUAAUACGGGACAUUAACGCAUCCCAUGACCCUUUCACCAACCUUUUCCCAACAGAAAUCGCCAGCCGUAUCUUUUCUCUCUGCGUAGAUGAGCAGGACGAAUCCGUAUCUGAGAACACUAGCAAAUCCCGGAGUUGCAUUCCGCUAGCGCUUGCGAGUGUUUCCAGAAGAUGGCAAGCCAUCGCAUGGUCAACCCCGUCAUUGUGGGCCGUCAUUCAGUUCGAUCCAGACAGUGUUCGAAAUCGCAGCAAUUACCAGGAAUUUCUAUCCAAUUGGCUCGCUCGGUCGCGCCUCCAGCCGCUGUCUAUCACCAUGAACAUCCAUCAGCACAGUCCAAACGACCAGGAUCGAUUGAACUUCUACGAACGUGUCAUCGGGAUUAUCAAUACUCAUUCGCACCUCUGGGGAGACCUGUCCCUCAAUAUCCCCCUCGAUAUUCUUUCCUUGUUCAAGGCUGCUCCUAACGGCACUAGAAGACACUUACUCCGCGUUUUGUCGAUUCGCUCUUCAGAAUACGAGCAGGUUUCACAUGCUGUGCACUUUGACCUCGAGAGUAGCAUCGCUCCCGCACCAGAAACUGUUUCUCUUUCCAGCUGCUCGUUUUCGAGGAUCAAGAUCGACUGGAGGAAUGUUACACGGCUCCAUAUCACUGAUUUAAACAUAUAUGAAUGCCUUGCGCUCUUUAGAGCUGCCCCUCGACUUUCGCGAAUCCACUCUAGCCUACAUCCAUGA